AUGGCCAAAAGGGACGAGUCCAACGUGCUAGCACCACACAAGCCUUACGAUUACAAAAUCGAGCUUUUCGAAAGGAAAGAGAAAGCGCUUCGAUACUCACUAUUAUACAAGAUAUCGAUCUUUAAGCUAAAGCUUACUAAAGCUUACUUUAUCGACAAUCUCAACAAAGAUAAACACGGCUACGACAACGUCUUUAUAGUAAUCGACCGCUUUUUUAAGCAAGCAAUUUCGAUCCUUUAUCACAAGUCUAUCGACGCUAAAAGCUUCGCCAAGCUUUAUAUCUACUAUAUCUAUAACUUUAAACUUAAGCUCCCCGAGUCAAUAAAGGUUCACUUAAUCUUUCACCUCGGACGGCUACGAAAAGCUCUUAAUAACCUUACCCUCGAGCAAAUCAUUCUUGAACUUAACCCGAUUAAUAUUACUAACGAACUUAAGUACGAAGUAAAGAACAUCUUAGCCUACCUCGCCUUCGACUUCAUGUACGCUCCUUUUAAAGUACGUGACUUCCACUUAAAACACAAAGAGCUCCCCGGCCUUCUCGCGAAGCUCUUCGACUGGAUCAAAGCUUAUUCGAACGGUGUUAAUGACUACGAUCACUUGAGUAGUGAUAAAGCAAUAGAUAAACGCUCGAGGACGAGCUUUUUUCAAACGAGAAAGUAG